AUGUCUUUGAAUAAAUCAAAGAAGCUGGAGAGCAAGAUGGGACAGGGCGAUACGGGGAGAAAAGGGGGCAAAGGGAAUUGCACCGGGUGCUUGUGUUCCCUGGAAAAACCAGCAGGUGGUAGCAACACUUCGUGGGAAAGCCCCAGCCCAGCUCUACAGCCUCUUCCCUUCCCACUUCCUGCAGGCGCCCCACGCGUGCGAUCCUCCUGGCCGAGACCCGCGGGGGGAGGCCGCCCCCUUCCCGGCGCACAGGCGGGGCCCCGGGCGCGCCCCGCGUCUCCCCCGCGCGCCUGGGCGGAGGAGCGGGCGCCGCGCACUCGUCGCCUAGGCCGGGAGGGCGGGAUCGGCUCCCCGGAAGAGGGGAGUGGGAAGGCGGCCAAAGGAGCUGAAGGGGCGGGCCGGGCCGGCCUGGGAGGCGACGAGGAGGGGGCGGGCCGGGCUGCGCUCGCUCCAGCCGCGGCUCUAGAGCAGCGGGCGGCGGGACCCGGGACCCAGCUGGGCGACGGCGAUCGCGACGCGGGUCCCCAGGGUCUCCCGGUGCCCCAUCUCUGGAGCAGCCCCUGCCGCCGGCCUCAGGUCCACCCCGGAAUCCCAGGGACUCGCGGAGCCGAACAGACUUGGGCCGGGUGCAACGGGGUUCCCGGACUGGAGAAGACGCGGGUGGCACCGUGCGAACUCGAGGAGCCCCGCUGCCCUGCGAGGCCUCGGGGGGUGCAGACCUGCAGAGAUUGCGGCCAACGGGAAGGGUGGCUGUUGGAGGAAGGGAGGAGAAUAAAUGAAGAGAAAGAACUGGAAUAACCCCUUAC